AUGAAGAGGGCUCGUCACUCCUGUCCUCUCAGAGGGAAGAUAUUCAUAAUUGAGAGUACGGCGGCUAUUAACGCGACAUCCGUCUUGGGACCGUCACUUCCGACGGAUCCUUUAGGAGCACCACCAGCGCCAGUGGUACCGUCCCGUCUGCUAGCUGACCCCAUAGAGCUUGAGCGUCGACUGUCCGAAGCUGGGCACGAUGGGUUCGGAGCACUCUGCGAGGAUACUUCCCCGCCAUCCCCACCUCCCACCAUCAUUGAGGAACGGCUGCAUCAUCGGCCGGUGGCGUCCAUAGUGGCGGUGGUGCCACGUGGAGCGCUGGCUCCGUCUCCUCGACCUCCCGCCAUCGUGCAGCCUCCGCCGCAGCCACAGCCACCACCUCUCAGGUUACCCUUGGACAUGGCGGUGCGCGGCUCGGGCGAGCCGGAGACGCUCAGCUAUGACGUCGAGCUGAACAAGGACUCCGCUUUAGGACUUGGUAUCACCGUCGCUGGAUACGUUUGCGAACAAGAGGAGUUAAGUGGUAUCUUCGUGAAGAGUAUCAGUGAAGGCAGCUCAGCAGAUCUAUGCGGGAAGAUACAUGUCAAUGACCGGAUCGUGGAGUCCUCCACGUCGAACGACAAGUCGCCACUCGUAUCCAUUAGCUCCCAGCGACCCUUGAUGAGGUCAUCGGUCCACCUAGCAGGAGGUCUGCCCACGGUUGCGGUGCCUCAUUGCGCUUACCCCGCAACCCCGGCUGAACAUCAGCCCUAUAAAGCCCAGUCUGUGGUGGUCUAUUGGCUCCUUGUGCGCGCGCGGAACGCUACGCGCCGCACGCUAAAUACACCGUACGAGUUGCUCUUACUCGCCGUCCGCAGACCCGAACUUACGGUGGCGGCGUGA